CACAACACAACGGAAGUUAUCCCACAACGGAAAUUUAUGGCAGAGGAAAGGGCUCUGGUUGUGGACUUUAGUUGCCAUGGUAACGCGCGCAUAGAAGAAGACUGUGGGAAGUUGCACUCGUCUGCUUGGCAUGCUGGAUUCAUCGAGUCUGAUUUGUUCUGGUUGCCUGUUCGACAAAAGAAAAUGUACUGUCCAUUUUGUGCUAGUGAGGUUACAUGUGCAUCCACUUUCUGUGGUUUUUGCGGCAAGAAUAUCAAAUUCUUAAACGGGGUCGAAAAGUGUGGCACAAGUGAAGAUUUCUGUUGGCAUUAUGAAUAUGAAAGAUGGAGCGCUGAAACCUGUGAGAGGGAUGGUGUUACCACUUAUAGUACACCCACUGGUGGAAGCUGAGCAAUUGUCUAAAGCUGCCGAACAAAAAAAUGAAGGACUUUAACAAAAAUUUACAAGAUGGUCUGUACUUUCUUCUUUACCCUGAUGGCACAAAGAUAGUUAACAUUCCUGGAACAAAGACACCCUUCACUCUCCAAGCCUACAAAGAUGCACUUGGGAAAGCAUUCCAAAGGAUCACUGUAUAUAUUUGUUCAGCUCAAGAUUUCUAUUCUCAGGACAUUAGCACAGACUCAUCAGAUACAGAGGUGACCAUAACAAGUGGAAGUGCUGCUAAAAUUUGUUCAGCAGAUACUGUAGCUGAGCUUUCUGACUCAGAUGCCCCAGGAACAUCAGGAGGUGCAAUGGGCACUGCAUGCUACAGCAAAUACACAGAAUUGUAUGCACCCAUUGUAAUUGAGGAUGACGAGGACUCAGACAGUGAAGGAGCCAGUCAAGAUUUUGUUAAAGAUCCAGAGGGGGAACACAAGUCUGUUUCAGAAAUAAUUGCAAACCUGGCACUCCAGAUUGACCACAAGGCCAUUAGCAGAUUUAACAUCUGCCGCUCUGAGAUCUGGGAUGGAGCUGUGAGAGGGUUCAAAAGAGGAACCUUCUCUGAAGCAAAGGACCUUCUAGUGAAGUUUUCGGAUGAUGAAGGGAGGUUUGAAGAAGGACUUGACACAGGCGGUCCAAAAAGAGAAUUCCUCUCUCUUCUGAUGAAAACCCUGAGUUCAAGACCUAUAUUUGAUGGACCUCCUGAGAGCCGUUACAUUGUGUACAAUUCAACAGCAAUCAGGGAGGAUGAAUAUAGAUUGGCAGGGAUGAUGAUAGCCGUGUCCAUAGUCCAUGGUGGACCUGCCCCAAAUUUUCUCUCCCAGGAUCUGGUCAACUACAUCUCAGGGCAGCCAACUUUCAAAGGUUCGGUAGGAGACAUUACAGAUGAAGAAAUAGGGAAAGUUUUAAAAGAGAUCCAGAAUGCAUCCUCACUGGAGACCCUACAAGACCUAAUUGUAGGGAACAGCACCAUGUUGCAGACUGCAGGCUGCUUCAGACACAUUAAGUCUGUGAAGGAAAAGGACUCUGUUGUGACGGAGUACCUUAAGUGGUACAUAAUUGACAGGAAUCACAGUGCAAUUGAAAGAUUCAAGGAUGGGCUUGGCAGUCUGCAGUUUUUAUCAGCCCUCCAGCAGUAUCCCACUGUCCUGACCCCAGUCCUCUGUCAUUCGGAUACAAAGUUAUCUGCUGCAGAUAUUGAAAGUCUUUUCAAACCAGAACUUAGUCUGAAAGGAAGUAACAUGAGGGCUCAGCAGAACAAGACAAUAAGUUUCUGGGCAGACUACCUGCUAGAUUGUGAAGCAAAUGAGAGUGCCAUAACCUUGGAAGAGAUCUUCAUGUUUGCCACAGGCCUACCACACAUGCCUCCUUCUGGGAUGGACCCUCAGCCAUGCCUGCAAUUCAUUUCAAAUUCAAAAUACCCCAUGGCCAACACAUGUGCAAACACUUUAAAACUGCCCAUCUUAGACAGCUACAACACCUUUAAGGAAAAUAUGAAUUUUGGAAUUAAGAAUUCUCCAGGCUUCGGGCUGUGUUUGAUCGGCCAACAUUUUGCCAAUACAGUGCCAACACAGUGA